GAAGCAAAAGUAAAAAUAGAUAUUAUGCAACAUGAAACUACUGAGAUGCAUGUUCUUUCUCUAAUGGGAAAACAGCUUUUAGUGGAUGCAGAUGUCUGUCUUGAUCUUGAAUCCAGAAGGCUUCAAGCCUUGAAUUCAAAUGCCAUUAAACAUUUGCGGUCUGUGCUCUUCAUCCCGUCAGGUACGAGUGACCCGUAUGUGAAGUUUAAACUGAACGGGAAAACUCUUUACAAAAGUAAGGUGGUCUACAAGAAUCUCAACCCAGUUUGGGAUGAAACUGUCGUGCUGCCUGUACAGACCCUCGAUCAAAAACUUUGGAUCAAGGUGUACGAUCGAGAUUUAACCUCUUCAGACUUCAUGGGUUCAGCAUUUGUAGCGCUCACUGAACUUGAACUCAAUAGAACUACUGAACAGGUUUUAAAACUGGAAGAUCCCAACAGUUUAGAAGAUGACAUGGGAGUGAUUGUGUUAAACUUGAGUCUAGCAGUCAAGCAAGGAGACUUCAAGAGAAAUAGGUGGUCAAGUCGGAAGAAGCGAACUUCCUCCAAGUCGAGUUUCAUGCGGAGCGUGCGGCUCUCCGACGCUUUGCGCAAGAACCAGCUGUGGAAUGGGGUGGUUACCAUCACACUCUUGGAGGGGAAGAACAUCCCUGGAGGAGGCUUGGCAGAGAUAUUUAUUCUCCUCAAACUAGGAAAUCAAAGAUACAAGAGUAAGACACUGUGUAAGAGUGCAAAUCCUCAGUGGAGGGAACAGUUUGAUUUUCACUACUUCUCUGACAGGAAGGAUAUGUUGGACAUUGAGGUCUGGAGAAAGGAUAACAAAAAGCAUGAGGAGCUUUUGGGAACGUGCCAAGUGGACAUUACUGCCCUGCCGAUGAAGCAGACCAACUGCUUAGAGCUGCCUCUGGAAAAACAUCCAGGCUCCCUGCUAAUGUUGGUUGCUGUUGCUCCGUGUACAGGGGUGUCCAUCUCUGAUCUGUGUGUUUGCCCUUUGGGAGACCCCAGUGAAAGGCAACAGAUUGCACAACGCUACUGUAUAAAGAAUUCCUUUCGGGAUAUAAGGGACGUUGGCUUCUUACAAGUCAAAGUUUUAAAGGCAGUGGACUUGUUGGCUGCAGAUUUUGCAGGUAAAAGUGAUCCUUUCUGUGUGUUGGAGCUGGGAAACGACAGUCUUCAAACACACACUGUUUACAAGAACCUCAAUCCAGAGUGGAACAAAGUUUUCACAUUCCCUAUUAAAGAUAUUCAUGAUGUUCUGGAAGUGACAGUGUUCGAUGAAGAUGGAGACAAACCCCCUGAUUUUCUUGGAAAAGUUGCCAUCCCUUUGCUGUCUAUUAGAAACGGUAAACAAAGUUGUUACACGCUGAAGAAUAAAGACUUGGAACGUGCUUCAAAAGGAGUAAUUUACUUGGAGCUGGAUGUCCUAUUUAAUCCUGUAAAAGCAAGUAUUAGAACAUUCAAGCCUCGAGAAAAGCGCUUUACGGAGGAGAACCGCAAAUUUUCUAAAAAGAUCUUAUCAAGAAAUGUUGAUCGUGUGAAAAAAAUCACCAUGGCAAUAUGGAAUACAAUACAAUUCCUUCGGAGCUGCUUUCUCUGGGAGUCCACUUUAAAGAGCAUGAUAGCCUUUGUGGUAUUUGUGGUCACCGUCUGGAGCGUGGAACUGUACAUGGUGCCCCUGGCUCUGCUGGUGCUCUUUGCAUACAACUUUACCCUCGUCACAACCGGGAAGGUCAACAACACCCAAGAUGCCCAGGAGCUUAUGGGCUUGGAUGAAGAUGAGGAUGAAGAUGAUAAGGAAUCUGAGAAAAAGGGGUUAAUUGACAGAAUCCACAUGGUCCAAGAAAUCAUCAUAGCUGUUCAAAGCAUCCUAGAAGAAAUAGCAUCAUUUGGAGAGAGGAUUAAAAACACAUUCAACUGGACGGUGCCUUUCCUCUCUGUCCUGGCCUGCUUGGUCCUGGCAGCAGCAACAGUCAUUUUGUAUUUUAUACCACUGAGGUACAUCGUUUUAAUCUGGGGCAUAAAUAAAUUUACUAAGAAGCUUAGAAAUCCUUAUGCCAUUGACAAUAAUGAGCUACUAGAUUUCCUCUCCAGGGUACCAUCUGAUGUUCAAAAGGUGCAGCACGCUGAAUUGAAACCAUCCAGCAGCUCCAGCCCCAGCAGGAAGAGGUGGAGCGCGCUCUAG